CCCGUUGGCGGGGACCGGGAGCGGCGUUUGUUGACUUCCUCGAAGGCGGCGGGGGCGGCGCCCAGCCCCGGGAAUUCCCCGCGGUGGCGGAGGCCGAAACCGCGGCCGGGCCGGCGGGCUGGGGGCGAUGGGCGCCCGAGGGGGCCCGAGCGGAGACCGCGAGGGGCGGCGCUGCCUCCCCGCCGAGCUGAGCGCCCGCCGCUGACCCGGCCGGCCGAGCGGGGCCCGGACAGUAAAAUCAGUGUGCUGGAAACAGACUCUGGAAAAAGCGAAGUUAGGGGAGAAUUAUUGCCAGGACAGUGAAGUCUGCUCUGGACUCCAAAGGUGCAACUAAAAUUUGACAGGACCUUUGGGGAGAAGAAUUUAAGCUUGAGAGGGAUUUUAGAAGACAGCCCAAGUUGAAAAGAACCUGGCAAGAUCAUCUGGUCCCCUUGUAAAAGGGAGCCUGAAUCAGAUUUGCUGGCAUCCUGUCUUGGAUGAAAUUGUGUCUUGGAAACCUGCAGAUGUUGUGUUAGUGAGCUGAGGAUGAGCAAGGGCCAUCGGUGAGACUCACUUGCCUUCCAGUGGCUGUAACAGCUGUCAUGGAGGAGUUGGUAGAGGAUGACAUCUGUAUUUUGAACCAUGAAAAAGCAGACAAUGCUCACAAGAGAGACAGCGAUAUUCCUGUUCCAUCCUAUAGUGGAGAUGAGUCUGUUGCCUCACACUUUGCACUUGUCACUGCAUAUGAAGAUAUCAAGAAACGACUGAAAGAGACAGAGAAGGAGAACUCCUUCUUAAAAAAAAAAGUGAGAAUUUUAGAAGAGAAGGUGCUCGGCUCGCGGGCGGAAGAGGAGUGCAGCUCGGUUGGGCGGGAACAAGUCAACAAGGCCUACCAAGCCUUCCGAGAGGCCUGCAUCGACCGCGACCAUCUGAAAAGCAAACUGGAAAAAAUGGCAAAAGAAAGUGCGGAAUCCUUGAAAAACUUGAAUGAACAGUUGCAAUCUAAAGAAGUAGAGCUGUUACAACUAAGAACUGAAGUGGAAACUCAGCAAGUGAUAAAAAGUCUGAAUUGUACUCCGGCUAACUGGGAAUUAGAGAAGCUGAGCAGUGACCUGAAAGUGCAUAGUCUGGAACAAGAUCUAGAAAAACUCAAGGAAGAGUGCAACAGUCUCAGGAAGGAGUUGCAAAAUUCCAAGCAGAAGGACCAGGCUCAAGAGGAAAAUCCAUUACAUGGAGACCACCUUCAAAGGCAAGACAUCCAGAGUUUGCAACAAACCUAUUGGGACCUGAAGAGAGAAAUGUCCAAUUUGCGUGUAGCGACUGACAAGCAAGCUGAGGUCCUACGAAAACUGAAAAGGAACCCACCAGGAGCCAAGAAAGCUGCCUGUACUGCACCAGUGCAAUGUGUUGACUUGAACAUUUCAAAGGUGAAUCUGACAUCUGGGGUAGUGUAUAAAAACCUGUCACAGAACGAUAAAGCCCUCGGCAAUGCUGUGUCUCCCCCUCUGCUGAGAGAUGCCCGUGUCCCAUCAGAAAGGGUGACCCUACAAGCUUGGACAGAUGAGAGACCAAUUCCAGCUGACAGCAAAAUGUUUCAGGAACACCAUUCCUAUGGAAAGAGCUCUCUGGAAGAUAAUUCCUGGGUAUUCCCAAGUCCUCCAAAGCCCAAUGAGAAUAUGUUUUGGGAAAUGAAAAAUAAUCCAACUUUGUUAAACUGUCCAGCAGAUUACCUGGAUCAGUGUAAUCAAAACUGUCUGCACAAGAGUUAAACAAUUUUUAGAAUGAACUGAGGCAUUUUUGGAGUGAUUUUGAAUAGGCACCUUAAUGCUCGAACUUUUAAGGAGAGAAAACAAAUUGCUUGAAAUGUUCUUUCUUUAUUUUUAAUUCUAGUUCCAAAUCAGAAAGCCGAGUCUUCCUCUGCUGUAAAUCAGGAGUGAGUUCCUUGAUGUUAAAGCUGUGCUGGUGUAAUGUAAAUACAAAAAAAUCUAGUAUGGGGCCUAGAUAGUCUUGUACUGCAAAUGACAUACAUUUGCUAAAGGUUACAAUGAAAAGUGAGUUUGUGGAAUAAAACAAAAUAAUCCAGUUCUGUAUUUGUUUGCUAUUUGUAUGUUAUCAAGAAAAUACGUGGCAUCCAAUGUUAGACCUUGAACCAGCUCUGAGCUUAUAUUUUGACAGUGUUCUUUUUCAGAAUAAGGAUAAUAUGAAGAAUUGGAUUGUCUUCCUUCCUCCUUUCAAUUAGCUUUGAUUCCUCUGGUUUGUAAAUGCAUUUUUCUGUAAUAUCUAACUAAGAAAGGUGAGUGUGGUUUGUUUUUUGUUCCAACCUUGAUUUAUAUGAGACAGUGGCUGGAGAAGAACCAACCUUAGGCUAUGCUGUUUGAUUGCCUCAUUUAGGGCUUGAUUGUGAAAGGUGAAGGACCUUAAGUAAAGUUGCUGCUGCUGCCCCCUGCGAAUCCUGGAGGUUCAGCUUGUUUCCCUCAGUUCCUGCUGAAGGGAGCUGCUGUAACUGCAGUGCUGCUGCCACAGACCCAGCGUGUUCACAGUGCACUUUUCCAUAUUGUGCCUCCUUUGCACAGCACCACAACUCUGACUCUUCAUUCCUGUGGUAGUGAAGGCUACUAAUUUUUCUUUUGUUAAAGAAACAAAGCCUUAAUUUAAUCAGACUUGGUGUUGUUGCAUUGUUGAUAUACAAAAAUAAGUAUUUUUGUGGUGUCUUUAGUAUGCCACUGAGAACCAGAGCUAUUGGAAUUCCAGCUACCUGCUGUAUAGAUUAUGGGUGUCUAAGCACUACUUUUUCAUUAUUUUUUUCCUCUUAAGGCUAUGAACUGUUUCUAGACAAGUAUAAUUUAUGUUUUUGGGGUUUUUUUGUAAACUUCUCUGCUUCAUAUCUGGCUUAAUACAACAGGGUUAAGUGAAAUGUCUCGACUGCUCAAAAAGUUGAAGAAAAAUGCAUUGUAUUUUGGAUCCAUGAUACCUAACUUGUAAUGGGCAGGAGGAUAUUUAAUACUGAAUACGCUAUUUACAAAUGUGUGGGUGGGUGAAGUAUUCAGCUUCACAGAUCCAGCUUAACAUCAAAGUAAUAAAAAUUAAUUUCACA